CCGUGCGCGUCGCCUCCCGGCCCGAGGAGGAGGUGGAGGAGGAGGAGGCGCCGCCUUCCCUGUGCCGCGCGCCCUCGCCGUUGUCUGCGCUCUACUCUGGACCAGUUUAGGGAAGUUGCCCCGGCCCCGCGUCGCCCAGAUGUGCGACCUUAUUGAGCCGCAGCCGGCCGAGAAGAUCGGCAAGAUGAAGAAGUUGCGGAGAACUUUGUCGGAGAGUUUCAGCCGCAUUGCUUUGAAGAAAGAGGACACCACCUUUGAUGAGAUAUGUGUCACGAAGAUGUCUACACGGAACUGCCAGGGAAUGGACUCAGUGAUCAAACCCCUGGACACAAUUCCUGAGGAUAAAAAAGUCAGAGUUCAGAGGACACAGAGUACUUUCGACCCAUUUGAGAAGCCAGCUAAUCAAGUAAAGAGGGUACAUUCUGAGAACAAUGCUUGCAUUAACUUUAAGUCCUCCUCCUCUGGGAAAGAGUCGCCUAAAGUUCGAAGACACUCCAGCCCCAGCUCGCCAACAAGUCCCAAAUUUGGAAAAGCUGAUUCAUACGAAAAACUGGAAAAGCUAGGGGAAGGAUCUUAUGCUACAGUCUACAAAGGGAAAAGCAAGGUCAAUGGGAAAUUGGUAGCCCUGAAGGUGAUCAGGCUGCAGGAAGAAGAAGGCACACCUUUCACAGCUAUCAGGGAAGCCUCUCUGUUAAAAGGACUAAAACAUGCUAACAUAGUGCUGCUUCAUGACAUCAUCCAUACCAAGGAAACGCUGACGCUUGUGUUUGAAUAUGUGCACACUGAUUUAUGUCAGUACAUGGACAAGCACCCUGGGGGGCUGCAUCCAGACAAUGUGAAGUUGUUUUUAUUUCAGUUGCUGCGAGGGCUGUCUUACAUCCACCAGCGUUAUAUUUUGCACAGAGACCUGAAACCACAGAACCUUCUGAUCAGUGACACGGGGGAGUUAAAGCUGGCAGAUUUCGGUCUUGCAAGAGCAAAAUCCGUCCCUAGCCACACAUACUCCAAUGAAGUGGUUACUUUGUGGUACAGACCUCCAGAUGUCCUCCUGGGCUCGACAGAAUAUUCUACCUGCCUUGACAUGUGGGGAGUCGGCUGCAUCUUUGUAGAAAUGAUCCAAGGGGUUGCUGCUUUUCCAGGAAUGAAAGACAUUCAGGAUCAACUUGAACGAAUAUUUCUGGUUCUUGGAACACCAAAUGAGGACACAUGGCCUGGAGUCCAUUCUUUACCACAUUUUAAACCAGAACGCUUUACCGUGUACAGCUCUAAAAACCUGAGACAAGCAUGGAAUAAGCUCAGCUAUGUGAACCAUGCAGAAGACCUGGCCUCCAAGCUCCUACAGUGUUCUCCAAAGAACAGACUAUCAGCACAGGCAGCCUUGAGCCACGAGUAUUUUAGUGACCUGCCCCCACGGCUAUGGGAACUGACCGAUAUGUCUUCUAUUUUUACCAUCCCAAAUGUAAGAUUGCAACCAGAAACUGGAGAAAGCAUGCGGGCCUUUGGGAAAAACAAUAGUUAUGGCAAAAGUCUAUCAAAUAGCAAGCACUGACAAGCACAAAGUUCUCAAGAAAGUGCAGGAUUAAGUUGUCAUUGUUCUGGAAAGAAAAGAAAAAAAAAAUUAAUGAAGUGGCCGAUAAUACGAAGGAAAUCAUGGAUCAGUUUCCUUCCCCUCCUGGCGGUAGAUUUCUCUUACAAGAAAAUUGAAGCUGGCAAGACCCUGUUUUCUCUGCAGUUUAUUUAAAACCUUGCACGAAUUUGGAUACCUUGUGAUUUCCAAGAACUAUGUGAAGAUUAAGCUUUGCUUACUGAUACAUGGCAUGUAUUCUUUUCAGUCUUUUGUGUUUGAUUUUGUUUGAUUUCCACAGCAUCCCUGCAAAGAUUUUUAUGCUUUCACCAGCCAUGUCUUAAAUACAUUAAGACAACACAUUUGGUGUUCACACUUCUUCAGUAAUGUCUCUACAUGAAAGCCACAUAGUGGCAUAAAACAAUGUGUGUUUUCUUUGAGAGCACUGUACAUUUUGCAGCCACUAGGAAGGAAAUGUUUAGCUAAAGCAAACCCAUAUUCUCUGACUGACUUGACAACUCGGUCCCUGGCCGUGGGACCCUACCUAUUGUACCUGUUGAGGACAUUUGCAUAUGUGGGUUUUUUUUCUACGACACAACGGCACAUUUACAUAGGAUAUCAGAAUCUGCAUUGUCAAGCCACAUGACUGUUUUCAGAGUCAGCUGGAAGCGAAGAAAAAAAAUCUCAGUCAUUAAGUACAAAGACAGGGAUAAAUUGCUUGCUUAGUUUUUAAGCUCUGGAGAUUGAGGUGACCUUUUACAUGUUUUCUGGGUCUUGUUGACAUCAUAUUUUUCCAUCUGCUCUGUUACACCUUGUGAGUAUUUUCUAAAUGCAGAAAAGAGCGAGGAACAGAAUGUUUAGAACGUUGGGUCCAAAAGAAUGUAUUUGCUGGCGGAGCCUUGAAAGCAGCGUUUGCUGGUUAACGUGUAAAAAAGCAACUACAGAGUUAUCCAGAGUUACAGGUUAGCUCAUUCACACCAAAGCAUUUUCAGUUACUUUUUUUAAGACGUUCCAAGCUGAUCGGAAGAUGUCUCUGGGUACCUUACCUUAAACAGUCUCCUGGAAUAGCUGUUCAAAUGCAGGCUUUUGGAACAAUGCAGGAGUCUUGCUUUAAAGAUGGAAAAAGGAAAAAGCAAGGUCCAGCUUCCCUUGUUUAAGGAGUUGAGGGACCUCAGAGAAUGAAUGCUAGCAUGUGAAAACUGAAGGAAAAGUGGACGGGGCAGGCGUGCACUUUGAUCCGGAGGUAAAGCCGCCUGAUUCAGGCCGGCUCCCAGUGGGGUUGCCUCACUGCAGAUUCCCAGAUAACACUGAGGCCAAGGGGGCACUUAGGGAACUUCAUCUAAAGCCUGAAACAUAGUUUCUCAGGACACAAAUUCCCAUAAAUACUUUCCUGCACAUGGUUUUACAUUUUCCUGUUGGAAGGAAGGAGUGCUUCAAAGAUGUCAUACUUUUUAGGAUCAGGACUAGGAAUUAUGAGCCAGUUGGACAAGCACUUUCUCUGAGAGUUGGGUGAGGGAAAAGCUUUUCUAUAGUCAAACCCAAUAUACCUGGGAACUUGGACCCAGAAUUGCUAAACAUGAGAAUCCUUCCUGGAGUGGGUGUGAGAUCUAUGUCAGGAUCACACUUCUUCCUGGGCAGAUGUCACAUUCAUUGCAAGCUUAUAGUAACUGCUAAGUGAGGAAUUCUUAACUGAUUGAUUUUCAAGAGAGUAAAAGUUACCCCAGGCUAGAAUGUUUACUGUUUCCUACCUAGAAACCCUUCCCAUUCUUCUUUCAUACAUUCCAACCCACGGGAAGUCUUUAGGAGUAUUGUGAUUUAGAAUGUACUUAAAUAAGGAUUUUUUUUAAGUAAAAAUGGGCAGAAAACUUUACGUGCAAUCAAAAACUGCUUUUUCUAUGAUUUGUUUUGAAUCGUUCAUUUGAGGGAGAGGCAUAACUUUCAUAUUCUACUAAAUUUAAAUCAAGAGCAACUGAUAAUUAAAUCUUGCCAUUUAAAUAAACUUUCUAAUUUGAAAAGAUUGAAUGUGGAAAGACUUCAAUUAGAACCUUAGGGUCAUUCAGAGAUAUAUGUCCCUGUCACAGGCAUCUUCUCAGAAAUGAAAUAUAAUACUAUUCAGUGGAGGAAAAAAAAAUACUUUUCAGAAAGUUGUGUUUAGGAGUUUUUCCACUCCCCAUCCUCGCCACUGAUACAAAAAAUCCAAAGUGUGGUUUCUCUCUCUCUCUCUCUUUGCUGCUCCCAUUUGCAAUCAUAGUCUCUCUUCCCUUCUUUUCCCUCCUCCCCUCUCUGAGGUUUUCAUGUUUAAAUCAGUCACAAAAGUCAUUACAGACCGUGUUCAUUAGCAGAUUUAUUAUUCUACAGAGAAACCACUGGAAUGUUCUGUGAGAUUAUUUUUAUAUGAAGGAAUAGCUUCAAUCCAAGCAGCUGGAACAGUAAGAACACCUUAGCAUGGUGAUUAUAUCAGCAUAGCAUCAUUGCACACGUAGAACUCUGCAAGGAGAUUUGGGACUUCAUUUCCAUUUUCUUGAACAGUUUUGUUGACUUAAAAAUACAAGAUACAUAGGACAUUAAAAAAAAAAAGUUUUUGCAAUGCUCAGCAAAAAAUAGGGAGUGUAAGAUAGGGGUGGCUGUCCAUCCACAGAUGCAAGGGUGAGAAGGUCUUUCUACCUCCCAAGAGUGAUUAGAAAAGUUUCCAGGGGAGCCUCCAGACUUGCAGAGAAAGAAAGUCCUCUUGGUAUCCUUUCCUCAGUGUGUAUAUGACAGCCAGUUUAAUCAGUACCGUAGGUUAUGCUUCUGUAUAAGAUACUCACCUGUGAAUAUUAUUGGUUUUGUAAUCUUUGUUAUAUAAGAGGAUGUUUAGGCUGUACAUACUGGGGUAGAAUAUUGCCUACCCCCUAUACAUAGGAACGUGCAACAUAAUUGUGCAGAACUUCCUUCUCCCUUACUGGCUGGUAGACGGAGGAAACUGUAUAUGUUACUGCCUUGCAGUUUUCUCAUACACCACACACAUGCACACACACGCACACACGACUCAAAUAAACUAAACAAUCUCCCUUUCUCAUUCCUCCUCCUCACAACAGCAUAUUUUAGAGGCACAUGUAAAAUCUACAUUCUCUAGUCAGAAGUGGAUUUUUUGUUUUUCUUAUUUCUUUUUUUUUUUUUUGUAUGUUACACUGAGAUGUGUACUUUGAAACAGGGGUUUGGUACCUACGAGAUGUGCUAGCAUCAUUCAGAAAACUAUUAUACUUCAAAGUGAGACAUAGUAAGGAGAAUGGAAUAAUACAUGUUGCAUAUUUGUUACUGAUUGUAAUUUGUCUGUAUUAUGAAAGAUGUAAUGGUUUGUCAACUGUCACUGUUGUUUUCUUGUAACAUGAUAUGGAAUAAAGUGUAGCAGAAUCUCCAUA